AUGCUGAACAAGACCGCCACGCACCCGAUGCUUCAGCACGACCCCGACCUGAAACUAUUCCUCGAGAGUGAAAGCUUCAACGUCGACAUCAAACACAAGGAAAGGCGAGACCCUUUGCCGCAGGAGAGCAAGGGCGUCUUCGGCAGCCUGGGCCUUAGCGUUGGCAGCAGCAACAAGUUUGUCGAGCAAGACGAGUGGUUCCACGAUCGCAAGGUCUACCUGGACGCCCUUGAAAACCAGCUCAAGGCGCUCCUAAAGUCUAUGGAAACCAUGGUCGUGCAGCGCAAGGCCAUGGCCGAGGCUGCGGGCGAUUUCUCCAGUGCUCUGCACGCCCUUUCAACCGUAGAGCUCUCGCACACUCUCUCGGGGCCCCUCGACGCCCUCUCCGAGCUGCAGUUGACCAUCCGUGACGUGUACGACCGCCAGGCUCAGCAGGACGUGCUCACCUUUGGCAUCGUGCUCGAGGAGUACAUCCGUCUCAUCGGCUCGGUCAAGCAGGCCUUCACGCAGCCCCAGGAUAAGCUACUCCGGCAGGGCAAGAGCCAGCAGGACAGGCUGACGCAGGUGGGCUCCGAAGUGGCCGAGGCCGAGAGGAAGGUACACCAUGCGCGCAUGCUAUUCGAGGACAUGGGCAAGCUCAUGAGAGUAGAACUGGACAGGUUCGAGAAGGAAAAGGUGGAGGAUUUCAAGAGCGGCGUGGAGACGUUCCUCGAGAGCGCUGUCGAAGCUCAAAAGGAGCUCAUCGAGAAGUGGGAGACCUUCCUUAUGCAGCUAGAUGCUGAGGAUGACGAGUCUGUCUUCUACCGCCCGCCCGUCAUCCAGUCGUCUAAUAAGCCGGCGGGGAAUACGGCGAUUGACCGCGCCAGGGCGAGGAUGGACGAAGACUCGGACUAG